GAGUAUAUAAAUCGAAGAUGAAGAGCGGAAUUGGUUAGUUGCGAAAAAAGUUUGAAUGAAAAAGUGUUAUAUUAAGUGUUAAUUUUUUGGAUUAAAACCACCAAAAACAGAAUGAAAACGCUAUUAUUAUUAACAAUUUUUGGAAUAUCUCUUUCGUUGCAAGAAGGAUAUUACCAUAAACAAUACGAAUACAAAUCAUCAAAAUCUUCGUAUAAAAACAACGAACUCCAACAUAAAGCGGACGACGAAGAAUUUUCUUCGGUCCAUGGAGAUUUAUCGGGGAGAAAUGAUCCCAAAGUAAACGCUUAUUCUCAACAUACCGAGUAUAGAAAUCCAAAUUCACAAGAACCGAUUGAGUCGGGAUUUGGGGGGAGCCAAUUUUCUUCUGGGUCUAGCGGUCGCUAUCAGAAUCAAAAUUUGGGUUAUGGUACAAAUCCGGAUGAUGUAACAGGGUCUAUAUCGGGGCAAAGAAAACAUAUUUCUUACUCGGGAACUUACACGGUUUCUGGGGGACAAAAUCAAUUGCAAGGAGGAAAUUAUGACACUCAAUCGAAUCUUUUAGAUUUAACUCAAAAACUUCAAAACAGUUUAUCUAGUCAAUUAUCGAGAGCGAUUUCCGAACAAAGAAGAUCCGGUUAUGAUCAACAUUCAACGUCAUUUUCAAGCGUUGGAGUUGAAAAUGAAAUAAGAAGCUUAGAGGACGAAUUAAGAGCGAAUUUAACAAGGAGUUUACAAGAAGAAUUGAACGCCCAAUAUGGAAGUCAAACCCAAAGAGGUUCUUAUUCUUACUCUGGGUCUCAAAUGAAACCAAAUUAUAAUACUCAAGAAUUAGAGGAUUUAACGCAACAGGUUCGAACGAAUCUUUUGGAUCAAUUAAAACGGGAAUAUAAAACAAGUUCGUCUUCAUCAUCAUCAUCAACAAAAUCAUCUUAUAGCUCAAGUGGAAGUCAUUCUUUCGGAAACAGUUACAAUCAACCCAUUUACUCCCAACCUAACUAUCCGAGGUAUCCUUCUCAAGAUGUAUCUUCAUCAAGUGAUUAUUCCUCGAGAGCACACACAACUAUGUACACAAAACCAUCAAUUCCAACAAUUCGCCCAAGUCAGCAAUUAGUUGAUGUAACAAGCAACGCUCAAAAUGAAUUAGAUAUGAUUUUAAAUCGAGCUUUAACACUCUUAAAAACUAAAUACAUGAAUGAUGACACAUACAAAAGUUAUUAUCAACCAGAUUACACCGUCAUCUUGAAUGAUUUAACCCACGAAUUAAAACAAAAUAUUUCAAUGGAAAUCCAAAACGCUUUAAGAAACGCUUACGGGUUGCAAGAAGAAAAAAAUGGUUACUAUUUUAGCACUUGGAACGUUAACGCGAAUAUUGCGAAUUAUAAAGCUGAAGAUUUAGACAACUUAAAACGACAAGUCGAAAAAAAUUUAUUGGAUAAAUUAACACGGGAGGUUCGCAAUCAAGAAACGACUUAUUCCCAGAAAAGGACUCAAUACGAAACUAGAACAAGAAGUCAAAGUCAAACGGCGAAUUCUUGGGGAACUUAUCCGAGUGAUAAUAAUAAUCAAUAUUCAAGUCAACAUUCAAGUCAAAGUCAAUAUUCAAGCAGUUCUACUUAUGGAAUUAAUCGGUAUCCAAGCCAAAAUAAGCCAAAUCAAGAAACUGACGAUGUUAAUUAUCACAAUAUAAAUAGAUAUCCAAGUAAUCCGACGGGAAGUUAUCCAAAAACAAAUUUUGAUCAACAACAAGUUGAAGAAAUUGAUUUUAAUAAACCAAAUACUCAACGACCUGGGUAUAUAUAUCCAAAUAGUGAUUCUCUUCCCCGAAAUUCUUAUCCUAAUAAUUAUCAGUCGGGUUCGUAUCCAUCAAAUACAAAUCCAUCAAGUACUUAUCCAUUAGGCUCUUAUCCAUCAAAUCAACAUCCAUCGAAUACUUAUCCAUCAAGUUCUUAUCCAUCAACAUCAAAUACCUACUCUUCAUCGCAAUCCAAUCGUGAAUCAACUUACCAACAAGUUUCCAGACCUCAAAUGGAGUCGUCUUCUCAACUUUCCUCAUCCGAAAUUUCGAGAAUUGAUGAAGAAUUAAGGAGUGAUUUAACUAACCAACUUCAAAUUUUGUCUCAAAAACAACGUGAUCAAGAAAAAUAUGGCUCAUCUCACACCGUUGAUUUAACGGAAGAGUUCAAACAAAACUUUUCAAGGCGAGUAGAACAAGUUUUGAGGGAGCACGGAAUCAAUGGGGGUUACUCAUUUACGAUCUAUUCAAGUGGAGGUUCCGGCGGACGAAUUAGCGAGGAAAUGCUUCGUUUAUUAAUGAACGAUUUAUUGCGACAACUCCGGGAACAAUUAAUCGCUUCUUCAACCAAGUCAAAAACUUAUACUUCGAAUGCAAAAAUUACUUUUAACCCGACUUAUACGUAUCCGUCCGGGUAUGGAGUACAAGGUGGAAGUUAUAAUAAUUAUCAGAUGAAGAGUGGUUAUCGGGAGGUUGAUUACCAGCAAACUGAAGAUUGUAUGCAAAGUGACGAAGCCACAUCGACACCCAAAAAUAUUAAACCACCAAAAGUUCGAGGUGAUAUGUCACCGGAUCUUGAAGUUGCACCUUUGGAAAAUACACCAACCGAUAAACCAAAAGCUCGAGAUGUUGUUACGAGUAGAACAACCCCAAAAACUCCAUCAAAUGAUUUAAAUCAACAAACACAAAAAUUGGAACAAUUAAACCAAGAUAUUUCAAAACAAUUAGCUGGUUUGACCCAACAAAAUCAAGAUUUUCGUCAUUUUGAUCAACAAACUCAAGAUUUAAAUCAACAAACCCAAGAUUUAACUCAACAAACCGAAGAUUUAACUCAACAACUGGAAAAUAUAAAUAAACAAACUUAUUUUAAACCUCAACAUGCUGAUUUAAUUCAACAAACGGAAGAUUUAACUCAACAAACUGAAGAUUUAACUCAACAACUUGAAAAAGUAAAUAAACAAACUUAUCUUAAACCUCAACAUGCUGAUUUAAAUCAACAAACUGAAGAUUUUCGCCAUUUUGAUCAACAAACUUCUGAUUUAACUCAAAAAACUGAAGAUUUAUCACAGCAUUCAUAUACACCAUUAAAUUCUGGGUUAAUUCAACAAACGGAAGAUUUUCCCAAACAAACCCAAAUUGCUCAAGUUGAAGAGGUUUUUUCUAAGCCAGAAGAAAAAAUUGAAGAAACGACCACGCAACAACCCGGAUUUUGGAAAAAAUUGGGUGGAAAGAUAACUGGUGGAUUUAAUACGGUGAAAGACAAGGUUCAAUCGAUAGGUUAAGAUUUUUUUAAGACUUUUAGUUUUGUAUUUAAUUUUGUAACGCAAUAAAUUGAAUGAUUUUUUUUUUAUAA